AUGAGGACCACAGCGAACGUUCAGUUUUAUUCAAUCUUUCUUCUUCUUCUCACGACAUUUACGGCAGCAUGGCCUUGGCCACAAUGGUUACCAGAGAUUGAUGCAUUAGUUGUACGACAAGAUGAUAGUUCCUCGGCUGCACCACAAUCAACACCAUCACCUACUGGAUCAGCGACUCGAACAUCAGCACCUAGCUCGAGUGGAAGCGGAUCAGCGAAAGCAUCAGGGUCAACCUCCGCGACAGGUUCGAAUACCGCAUCUAAAGGAUCUGCCACUAAAAGUAGUACUGGUCCUAUCACCAGCGCACCCAAGACAACCGCUCAAACAACCGCAAAUCAUACAUCAUAUGGCGCAGACACACCGGCAGGAGCAGUCGUUAUGCUGACUCCAGCUGUCAUUGCUGGAUCCCAAUUCUACAAGAUCGGAGACAAUAUCACAUUUGCCUGGAAUUAUACGAACCUACUAGCAACCCCCACAGCACUCAAUGUCGUUGCAACGAAUUCGCUCGCCAGCCAAUACUAUACGAUGACCGCGAAUAUGACGAUCGGUGGAAAUGCAACAAAUGCAGUAACCUGGGACACGGCGGCGUAUACUGCUGGCCCAGAUGGACUGCAGAAUCCCCUACUCACUGCACAAUACACUCUCGUUAUUUAUGAUGCCGAUCUGUCUGUUACUGCCACUGCCGAGCCAGGAUACCUUCAAGUUUACAAUCAAUAUCAAUUCGGAAUGUACACACCACAACCCUACAAAGAUCUCGCGGACGGAUACAAAUGUGCUACUUGCAGCGGAGCCUUGGGAGACAUGGAAAGGAGAUUCUUAGGAUUCGUUUUCGGAAUGGGAUUCGCUACCGUGUUAGGUUUCACAUGGUUCGUUGGUGGCACAGGAGUAAUCUGGUAA